AUGGCUGUCGUAUUUUCAGAUAUAAAGACACAACCACGCAUGGCUGAAAUAGAUGUCUCUGCUGUCCGAAAAGGAGGAGACGAGGCGACAUUCGAGGGAUGGCUAGACAACUUCUCCCCCGACGUAGAACGUGCCGGGAAAGAGCUCUUGCAAUGCUUGAGGAAUCCGAAGAUCAGAGCCAUUUGUGUCAGGGGGUAUGAAGGUUAUGGAAGUUGGAGGAUCGUGGAGUAUGCAGCUCGAAAGUUGAAGGGAUCUGAUAUCUUCGAUGUGCAGAUAAUUGUAAAGCUACCAAAAGAGGAUUGGAGUCCUCGAAAUGUGCAGAGGGAAAUUGCAAACCGAUUGGGGAUAAAGGAGGGUGACGAUGAAGACGGUGAUCUUAAAAAGGAUGUACAGAGGGAAGUCUCGUUUGAAAUCGAUGAAUCGCUCAAGGGAAAGAGGUUCUUGUUAAUACUAGGAGAUGCGACUCGACGCAUUUAUUUAGAUGAUGUGGGUGUUGCAAAUAUUAGAAAUACAAAGGUUGUAUACGUUAGCAGCCGAAGGUUGGAAUCGGAGGAGACAAUUGAAUUUCAAGACUUGUCCAUAGAUAUGUUACGUCAGGAGGCUGUUGCUGUCGCUUCUUCUCCCACCAUCGCUGCCUGUUUCACUCCCCAUGCUGUCCUUGAAUGCUUCUUCUACCUCCUGUUAUUUUCAGUAAGUUUUCGUGGGCGUUUUAAAAUGGGAUUGCCGACAAGGUAUUGGAUUGCAGAGGGAAUUAUGGUUAUGAGAGAGGGAAUUGAAGAAGAAGAGGAUUUGACGACAUUGGAGAAGAAGGUGGAUGCUCUGCUUAUAGAGCUCAAGGCUCGUUCCAUCGUAGAGCAACUGGAUGAUGAGAGAACAUUGGCGAUUGGGAAGACAUUCAGAGGAUGGCGAUAUGGAAUCUACGACUUAGUGAUGACCUCCCUCUUACUCUUAAAUUCCCCAAACUCUCCACUACUGCUCGAAGGACCCGGUGGUCUUCCUACCCUUCCAAACAACUUCGUCUUCGAGCAAAUGCAAGGCCUUCGCGUCUUCCUCCUCUCUCGCUUAACAAUCAGAUUUCUGCCCCUCUCCAUCUCCUCCUUGCACAAUUUCAGAUUCUUGUCUAUUUAUAGUUGUCAACUUUUAGAGCCUGAGUCUCUCCUCUCUUCCUUGCAAGCUUUGGACAAACUCGAGUUCCUUCAAUUUGAAGAUACUCAUCUGGAAUCGAUACCAGACGAGUGCCUUCAGCACAAGAACAACCUUCGAUCUCUCCAUCUCUCUGACACAAAGACCAGAUCUCUUCCUUCCUCUUUUCCCCAGCUGCACAACCUCCAACAACUCUCAAUAACAAGUUCCUCAUCUCUAACGGAAAUUCCAGACGCUUUCAUUGAGCGUUUGCCACAGCUUCGGGUUCUCAGCUUAGCUCAUGAUUACAUUCUGAAAUCUAUACCAUCUUCUCUCUCCAAACUGGUCAAACUUAGGCAACUCAUAUUAACAAAAUGUUCUUCCUUGAAGAUUGAGUUGCUGCCUCAUCUGCGUAACUUCUCUGUUCUUGAGGUGCUUGACAUUCGCUCUUGUUACUCCAUCGAAGACAUAGAAGAGGUUUCUUCUUCUCUUGGGGCUGUCUUGCCAAACCUCCGAAAGCUUGACCUGUCUAGAAUUGAUGUCAUUAAGCAAGUCAUCCUAAAAGGUUGCAGAUGCUUAGAAUCCUUGAACUUGAAAUAUCUUACAAGACUUGAUGCGCUGGAUCUUUCAGGCACUCAACUCCAACAGUUGCCUGAAGGUAUCAGCACAGCAUCUCAUUUAAGGCGGCUGGACAUGCUCCACAUGAAUCGCAUUAGUAAGAUCGACUGGGAUGACUUGAAUACUGAGCUGGAAGAGUUCAACUUGAAUCACUGUGGAACCUCUAUUUUACCAAAGGAUGAUGAAAAUCCUAGAGAUGAAGGUGGGCCUCAAAUGAGGAUAAGUAAUUACAAGCUUUUGCAGUCCUUAAAACCAUCUUCACAUUUUUUGAGAGCAAAAUGCUUCUCUCGAUUCCAUAUCCGCAUCUCUCCUUACCAAGAAGAAGAAGGAAGAAGAAGAGGAAAAGGUAUCCUUCUCCAAGGAAGGAAGUCCACAUACAAGGACAUCAAUUUGAAGACCCAAAAAUGUAAUUUACCUCUUCCUUCAUGCCAUUUCCACAGGCAUCUGGAGAUACAAGGAGAUAAGAGAUGCACAAACGCUAUUCAGGGGGUUCUCAGUCGUACAGAAUUACUCACUUUGUGGGACAAUGCCUUCAUCCGAGAUCUUGGCGAUGUUCAAAUGCAUGAACUGAGAGAAUGUCAGGUCAAGAGCUGCGAGCAGAUGGAGAUAUUCUUUGGUGGUAAGAAUCAAUGUUUUGAAUGCUUGGAGAAAAUAUGGAUAUCUGAUCUUGCAAGCAUGAGGAGAGUAUGUGAUGGCAUGGGUAGGAUCAUAAGCUUCCCACUCUUGAAGCACAUAUAUCUGGAGCACUGUCCGAGACUCGUCAAUUUCGUCUCCUCAGGUGUAAGCUUGUUGAGCUUGGAAAAGCUGGAGCUCAGAUUUUGCAAUAGACUAGAGUCACUGUUUCAAGGGGAUGUGGUUGUGGACGGCUCUCUUCAACGGCUGCACACGGUGCAUCUGUGGGAGCUACCGAAGCUGGAGAGAAUUUGCAGCGGCAGGUAUUUGCCGGCAUUGAAGAAGCUAACAGUGAGGGGAUGUAGGAAGCUGAAGGAGCUUCCGCUUCGAGCCAGCCCCAACAAUGCUAUAAGGGGUGGUGGUGGUGUUCAAGUGGGAGGUGAAAUGGCAUGGUGGGAGAAUCUCAGUGGGGAAGAUGAGAGCAUCAAACACGACAUUCACUUCAUAGAGUGGCGUCCUCUUACAAGGCGCUGA